CUAUAUAUAGGACCUAGUUUGAGCCAAACUGAAGAAAAACCCCAACAUACUACUUCUUCUACUACAGUUUCAUUUCAAAAUAGUAACCAUGUCUCCGUUCAUGGUUGUCUUCGCAACAAUCGCAGCAGCGAUCCUCGUAUGUCGUUUAAUAAACUUCUUAAGGCGUUCUUCUUCUCUGCCACUCCCUCCAGGCCCAAAACCCUGGCCUGUUCUCGGGAAUUUCCCACACAUGGGCCCAGUGCCUCACCACUCCCUCGCCGCCUUGGCCCGCGUUCACGGCCCGUUGAUGCACCUGCGUCUCGGAUUCGUCGACGUCGUCGUGGCGGCGUCCGCGUCGGUAGCCGAACAGUUUUUGAAGAUUCAUGACUCUAAUUUCAGCAGCCGGCCACCCAACGCCGGUGCCAAAUACAUAGCCUAUAACUACCAGGACCUGGUGUUCGCCCCCUACGGCCCACGGUGGCGUUUGCUCCGGAAACUCACCUCCGUUCACCUCUUCUCCGCGAAGGCCCUGGAUGUAUUUAGACACUUGCGUGAGGAAGAGGUGGGAAGACUUACACGUAACUUGGGGAGUUCAGAGGGAAAAGCGGUGAAUUUAGGGCAAGUGUUGAAUGUGUGCACGACGAACGCAUUGGCGAGGGUGAUGAUCGGACGGCGAGUGUUCGACGACGGGAACGGCGGGUGCGAUCCUAGGGCUGACGAGUUCAAGAACAUGGUGGUGGAGGUGAUGGUGUUGGCCGGCGUUUUCAACAUCGGCGACUUUAUUCCGUCGCUGGAGUGGCUUGAUCUUCAAGGAGUGCAAGCUAAGAUGAAGAAAUUGCAUCAGAGAUUUGAUGCAUUUUUGAGCACCAUUAUUGAAGAACACGAUUCUUCUUCCAACAAUCUCUUGAGUAUCUUGUUGUCUCUUAAAGAUGCGAAGGACGAUGACGGAAACCAUCUUACUCACACAGAGAUAAAAGCAUUGCUGCUGAAUAUGUUUACAGCUGGAACCGACACGUCAUCGAGCACAACAGAAUGGGCCAUCGCUGAACUGAUCCGAAAUCCAAGAAUCCUGACCCAAGUCCAGCAAGAGUUGGACACUGUUGUGGGCCGAGAUAGGACCGUCAAAGAAGAGGAUUUGGCCCAUCUCCCGUACUUACAAGCUGUGAUCAAGGAAACCUUCAGGCUCCACCCAUCAACCCCUCUUUCUCUGCCACGUGUCGCUGCCGAGAGCUGCGAGAUAUUUGGGUACCACAUUCCCAAGGGUUCGACUCUCUUGGUUAAUGUUUGGGCCAUAGCCCGUGACCCGAAGGAAUGGGCCGACCCGUUGGAGUUCAGGCCCGAGAGGUUCCUUCCCGGUGGUGAGAAGGCUGAUGUUGACGUUAAGGGCAAUGACUUUGAGGUUAUACCAUUCGGUGCUGGACGAAGGAUUUGCGCUGGGCUCAGCCUUGGGCUUCGAAUGGUCCAACUUCUAACUGCAACCUUGGCCCAUUCUUUUGAUUGGGAACUGGAAAAUGGGCUGAACCCAGAAAAGAUGAACAUGGAUGAAGCCUAUGGGCUUACCCUGCAGCGGGCCGAGCCUCUUUCAGUGGUUCCCAGGCCCAGGCUCGCACCACAUGUUUACUCAAUGAAUUCAUAAUUUUUAAGCUUCUCGCUUUUUCAAUAGUGCUUAUGUUCCUUACUUUUUCUUAACUUGAGUUUUAGUAACAAUAAAAAUAUAUUGGUGAUAUUGUGUAAUAUUGUUAAAAGGUAGAUGUGUCUUUUAGUUGUAUUUAAUUUCAGGGAAAUUUAUUUGUAUAUGUUUAUGAUAAUUGAAUACAUGCUAUAUGGUGGAGAUUUCA